AUGGAGUACCAAAAUCUCGGAAAAUCGGGCCUCAAGGUCUCCAAGGUAAUCCUUGGAGCUAUGUCAUACGGCAGCUCACAAUGGCAAGAGUGGGUGCUCAACGAAGACGAAGCGCUACCGUUGCUUGAGUAUGCGUACAAGGCCGGCAUCAGGACUUGGGACACGGCGGAUGUAUACUCCCAUGGCAAAUCCGAGGAGAUCAUCGGCAAAGCGAUCAAGAAGUACAACAUUCCAAGAGAGCGCCUUGUGAUCCUGAGCAAAUGCUAUUUCGGUGUCACACCAGACACUCCCGACAAACCAAUCAGUGCCAGUGCGAUCAAUGACGGCGACAUGCUCAACCAGAUCGGGCUCAGUCGAAAACAUAUUUUGGAUGCGGUCGACAAGAGUGUUGCUCGUUUAGGCACUUAUAUCGACGUCCUCCAGAUCCACCGGCUUGAUCGUUCGACACCACGCGAAGAGAUCAUGCGCGCACUGAAUGACGUCGUCGAGUCUGGAAAGGUUCGCUAUAUCGGUGCCUCAAGUAUGGCGGCGUGGGAAUUCCAGGAGCUGCAAAACAUUGCAGACCGCCAUGGAUGGCACAAGUUUGUGUCGAUGCAGAACUAUUACAACUUACUUUACCGCGAAGAGGAGAACGAGAUGAUCCCGUACUGCAAUCACACUGGUGUUGGACUGGUCCCUUGGUCCCCUGUGGCGCGCGGAGCAUUAGCCCGUCCAUGGACCAGCCGUGACAGCUUGCGAGAGAAGACAGACAACUUCCUCCAAUUGUUGGUCCGCUCCAGAGAUGACAAGGUCGACGAAGAGAUUAUCGGUCGGGUAGAGAAGGUUGCAAAGAAGCUGGGAAAGAGCAUGGCUCAAAUCGCAAUUGCGUGGUGUCUCAGCAAGAAGGACGUAUGUCCUAUCGUGGGUCUGAACAAGAAGGAGAGAAUCGAUGAAGCCGUUGAGGCCGUCAAGAUCAAGCUCAGCGAGGAAGAUAUCAAGUAUCUAGAGGAGCCUUACCAACCCAAGAAGAGACAAGGCUAUUGA